GGAAAAAUGCAAGGAGAUUGGGGUUUCCGAAAAUUAAUGUCAUGGCUUGGAUGUGAUGGUUAUUUAUUUCCAUCAAAUACUAAAAAUACAGCAUCUGAGAGAGGAAUAGUAUGUACUUGUAAAUUGUGUGAAAAUUGUUCGACGAGAUUGUUUAAUGAGCAAGGGACUUCAAAACAGAUUCUUACAAGUACUUCUGUUAGUAGAACAAAUUCCAAGACGGAUUGCAGUACGGAAAGAAUUGUGGGAUUCAAUUAUGUGAAUGAACCUAUUAAAUUCAAGAAUAGACCAAUCAAACUCAGUUUAUAUCCCAAACAAUUAAAAUACACUAAAGGAGGAGGUUUCAGACUUAUUGAAAUUACCAAUUUGGGAGAACAACGAAUUGCAAUCAAAGUAAAAUCAACAAACAAAAAAUUGUUUUAUGCAAAGCCUGUUUUUGCCUUCAUUACAUCAAAAUCUACCACUUUUAUUCACAUUUACCGUACAAAUUCUGAAUCUGAACGUCCCGAGAAAAUUGUUAUUCAUGCUGUUGAAGUCUCUCAUAUGGAAACUGAUCCAGCCAAUUCUUUUAAUUCUUUAUUAGGCGAAGUUGGGGAACAAUUUAAUAUUGAAAUUGAAAUUAAUGAUAAAAAUUGA